AGCGGAUAUUGCUCCUUACUUCAACACUGUGGCAUUAUACAGAAUCAAAGAGCAGCAGGAAAAACCUUUGCGAACAGGGUUUUGACUGAAGGAGAGGGAUGAGAAUCAACGUUUCUCAUAUGUUCUUUGUGACUGGUCUGUGUACAGGAUUUCUGUCCAUUUAUUACUUUGUAUACUACAACACCAGCACUGCAGAAGCAGCUUUGUUCUCACUGGGUCACACCAGUGGAGUUGAUUAUGACAGAUGGAUUCAGAAAAACUUACUGCCAGAUGAGGAUGGGAGUGCUCUGUCCCAGAAUGUUCAAGUUCUAUGUUGGAUCAUGACUGGACCCAGAAACCUGGAGUCUAGAGCCAAACACAUUCGGGCAACUUGGGCCAAACGAUGUAACAAGAUCUUGUACAUGAGCUCAGUGGAGACAGAUUUCCCCACAGUGGGACUCAACGUCUCUGAGGGACGAGACCAGCUUUACUGGAAGACAAUCAGGGCCUUCCAGUACAUUUACCAACACCACCGAAAUGACUACGACUGGUUUCUCAAAGCUGACGAUGACACGUUUGUGGUUAUUGAAAACCUCCGCCACAUCUUGUCCAAACAAGACCCAAAGAAGCCUGUGUAUUUUGGGCGAAGGUUUGCCCCAUUCGUGCAUCAGGGUUACAUGAGUGGUGGAGCUGGCUAUGUUCUCAGUAAAGAAGCCCUCAAACGAUUUAUUGAGGGAUUUGACAAAGGGAAAUGUACCCAUUUCUCCACCAUAGAAGACAUGGCUCUGGGGAAGUGUAUGGAGACCAUGAAUGUAGAGCCCGGGGACUCGAGAGAUGUGAAGGGAAGACAGACGUUUCACCCCUACCCACCAGACAAGUACCUGAUCAAACAGCAACCUAGGAAACGGCCCUGGUAUCUCAUAUAUGACCACUACAAACCCAGAGAAGGCCCAGAAUGUUGUUCAGAUCAUGCUGUGUCAUUCCACUAUAUCUAUCCUGUACAGAUGUACAUGCUGGAAUACUUCACCUACCAUCUACGGCCCUACGGAUACAAGUACAGAUACAACCCUGAUGUUACAGCAACUGAAGUUGAGAGUAACAACACCACAACUGUCUCUGAUUAAUACAGAGACAUCAACAACAGACGACUGCACUUGAUUGUGGACAAAGACUUAAAGAUUGCAAAUACAUAUAAUCAAGUAAGAGAUUGAUAAGAACCAAUGGGUGCAAUAUAUUUUUUUAAUUAAAUGUUGUACCCUUGUUUUAUGAGGUAUGUUGACUGAGAACACAAUCUCACAGAAAUGUUUCAUUACUGCAGUGCCUUUGCGAAAGUAUUCAAACCCCUGAACAAUUCUAAAACUUUACAAAUGUUGUUCUGUUUGUAAACACUGACUCUGAAUCUAUUAUUGUAAAUUGGUUUGUUGAUGAUGGUAGGGC